UGGAUAUGAAACUCAGCUCAAUCUUGGCUUCUAUCCUUAUACUUGUGUCUACUGCACUGGUAGUGAAAGUACUGAAUUGGGUCUGGUUUAGGCCUAAGAAGCUGGAGAAACUUCUUAGGAAGCAAGGUCUCAAUGGGAACCCAUACAGACUCUUUCUUGGAGACAUGCAAGACUUAACCAAUGUCUUGAAAACCCAACAGCCCAAAACACUGAACCUUUCGGACGAUCUUCGACCUCAUAUUCUUCCAUAUUACCAAAACAUCAUUGAUAACUUUGAUUGUCUGAAAUCAGGAAAACAUUCUUUCGUGUGGUUUGGACCUUCACCAAGACUGAACGUUGCUGAUCCGGAGCUUAUCAAGGAGAUCUUGUCGAAGCCUCGUCUGUUCCAUAAGGCUCUCCCGGACCCUAUUGGUGAAACAAUUGUAGGAGGUCUUUCGUAUCUUGAAGACGAAAAAUGGGCUAAACACAGAAAAAUUGUCAAUGAGGCUUUCCAUAUGGAAAAGUUGAAAGUAUAUUCUCAGAGUAUAAGCUCAAAUAUAGUACUAAUAUGUAAUAUGAUACCAGCAAUGUUCUUGAGUUGUUCAAAAAUGAUAGAGAAAUGGGAAGCUUUGAUUUCUCGCAGUGGAAGUUCACAGGAAAUCGACGUUUGGCCUUUUCUUGAAGAUUUGACAGGGGAUGUGAUUUCUCGGACAGCGUUUGGCAGUAGCUAUGAAGAAGGAAGAAGAAUAUUUCAGCUCCAAAAAGAACAAGUUAAGCUUCUUCUGCACCUCCUGCAGUUCUCUUUUAUUCCUGGGUGGAGAUACUUUCCCACCAAAGCAAAUAGAAGGUUGAGAGCAAUCACCAAACAGAUCCAAUCCUUGCUGAGGGGUAUGAUCAACCAAAGAGAGAAGGCAAUGGAAAGGGGAGAGAUCAUACACAGUGACCUACUGAGCAUAUUAAUGGAGUCCAAUUUCAAAGAAAUUCAAGAACAUGGGAACAAGAAUGUGGGACUGAGUAUUGAAGAUGUGAUCGAGGAGUGUAAGCUAUUCUACUUUGCUGGGUCAGAAACCACUUCGACAUUGCUGGUGUGGACAAUGGUGCUGCUGAGCAAACAUCAGGACUGGCAAGCCCGGGCGAGGGAAGAGGUUCUGCAAGUUUUUGGGAAGAAAAAGCCGACUUUUGAUGGUCUCCAGCAGCUUAAAACUGUAAGAGAAUCACAAAGCAUAACAACUCUAGACAUACAGGUAACAAUGAUUUUGCAAGAGGUUCUGAGGUUGUACCCAUCGGUGCCUUUCAUAGCUCGAGCACCUACAAAGACAGUGACACUGGGGAGCAAGAUUAUACCAGUCGGAGUACAGCUGACGCUGCUGAUAGUCCUACUCCAUCAUGAUCCCGAGAUAUGGGGCGAUGAUGUGAAGGAAUUCAAGCCAGAGAGAUUUUCACAAGGAAUUUCGAGUGCAGCAAAGGCUCAAUACUCCUUCACACCAUUCAGCACAGGUCCUCGAGUCUGCAUCGGUCAUAACUUUGCGAUGAUUGAGGCAAAAAUGGCUCUAGCAAUGAUACUACAGCACUUCUCAUUUGAGUUGUCCUCUUCUUACUUGCAUGCUCCCUUCCCAUUAACGACUCUCCAACCCCAGUAUGGUGCUCCUCUCAUUCUGCGUAGGCUCUAAAAC